AUGGCGUCUCAACUGCUGCCGUUGGAGCUCAUCGACAAGUGCGUCGGCUCCAGGAUAUGGGUCAUCAUGAAGGGCGACAAGGAAUUCAGCGGUACUCUUCUUGGCUUCGAUGACUACGUCAACAUGGUCCUCGAAGACGUCACAGAAUUUGAUUACUCAGGGAACCACACCAAGCUCGCCAAGAUUCUUCUGAACGGCAACAACAUCUGCAUGCUGAUCCCCGGAGGUGAAGGACCAGUGGCUCAAUCAUGA